AGCUUGCUGCUAGGAUAUUGCUGUUAAGUGGAUUAGUGUCUGACUAUCGCUUUGUUAUUACAUGUUUCAAUUUAAUCUUUAAAAUUCAAUCUUUCUAAAACAAUAAACCAUGAGUGAGUUGAAUUCAAUGAACUCAAUGGAGCCGGACAGUAGCGAAACGAUUCAGGAUAUUGCCAUGAAGCUGGUCACCGAGCAGUUGAAAAAUGAGUCCAGCCUGACUACAGGACCCAGUGAACGCACUAUUUUUGUACUCGGCAGCAAAGGGGCAGGGAAAUCAACUCUCAUCAAUCGGUUCUUGGAUCGAGAUGAUAUCACCCGCCCCACGUUGGCGCUGGAAUAUUCAUUCGGGCGCCGAACUGCCACCGGACAGGGUGCACAGAAAAACAUCUGCAAUGUAUGGGAACUGGGCAGUUUGGUCAAUUCGAAUCAACUCAUAGAAGUGCCCCUGCGUUCCCAUGGACUUGCAACGUUUGCUGCCGUGAUUGUUCUCGACUUAUCACAGCCGGAUCGACUGUGGACCGAUUUGCAAUCUAUUUUGAAUGGAUUGAAGCAAGCAAUAAGCAAACAUUGUUCGACUAAGGAGGUUGCAGAACUGCAGGAGCGAAUGAAACAGAAAGUGGGAAUAGAUCAUGAGGAUUUAAACACACUCGAAAUUCUUCCAUUUCCGGUUAUUAUUGUGGGAGGUAAAUAUGAUGCGUUCCAGAAUGUGGAUUCUGAAAUUAAGAAACACGUGUGUCGUUGUUUGAGAUCGAUUGCUCAUGCGAUUGGCGCAGCGUUGAUUUUUUAUACUUCCAAGAAUGCAGCUUUAUCAAAGAUGAUGAGAGAUGCGAUGAACCAUCUUGGUUUCGGUAGUCCAUCAAGCCCAUUCAAAACCACGGCAGUGGAUCAUAAUGGUCCAAUACUGAUCCCUUUUGGAGGUGAUUCCUGGGAAAAGAUUGGGGUAACGCCCACGAACUCGGAGCGCAUUGGGAUGAAUUAUAGUGCACAGAUUCCUCAGGUUGGAACUGAGAAGGUAGCUAUCCCAGACGAUCCAGCAAAGGACAUCGGAUUUAAGGAACGUGCAAUUGAUGAGCUCCGGGCUCAGAAAGAUGAUGAACUGAUGAUACUGCUCAGGGAUACAGAGAUACGGAUGAAGUUUGAGACCGUGCAGUAGAAUGAACACAUUUGCUUUUUAUAUUGUAAAUGAUCAAUAUACUAAUAGGGACCGUACACUUAUUGCGCGAGAGCUUGUACGGGGGUCCUGUCAUUUUCUUGCGCUCCACCGAAAUUUAAAAAAUGAAUGAAAAAAUCUUACUAUGGUUGAAAACCUUUUAUUCUCAAUUUGAAAUCCCAA